GACUUUUCCAAAAUGUGCAAUUCAAAUCAAGAAUAUUACUUGAAGCUAGAAGAGUUGAAGAACGCCCACUUGGAGACCAUGGCAAAACUAGAAAGUAUGUAUAGGAAUAAACUCUAUUUAAAAGGAGUAUCACCCUUGGACAGGAAAAACGCUGCUUCUGACAUGUGUUGUAGGCCAACCUGGGAGAAGAGCUCGUAUCAGCCUCUAGAUUUGCACAAAUCUUUUUCAGACUCUGACUUAAGCGAUCCCUUAGGUUCAGAUCCCUUAGGCUCAAGUAUAUCUGAUGGGUCUGACAGAGAAUUAGCAUUUGAAGAAAGCGACAGUGAAACUGGAUCAUCUGCCUUUGCUAAGGAACGGAUUGAAAAAAUGUGGGACGGGUUCUCUGUGGAAGACUACAUCUCCCGCACCAAACACAGCCUCCCAAGCUCACCAGCCUUCAGAACAAUACAGAAGAAACAGAAAGCAUGGUCGCCGAAAGUUACUGUGCCCAAGCCUUUCCAGAUGACUAUUAGAGAAGCUAGAAAAAAAGAACAGAAUGUCAAAUCAAAGUCACAGAUGGAAAUGGAAAAUAACUUACUGAAGAAGCAACUAGAGGAAGAAGCAGAGUGUCAGAAGAAAUUCCGAGCCAAUCCAGUGCCUGCUACUGUCUUCCUUCCGCUCUACCAUGAAAUCGUGCAACGAAACGAAGAACGCAGGAGGUCUGUCAAAGAGAGAAGCAAACUCAAGCUCUUGGCCUCUCAGAAGCCAUUUAAAUUCAUUGAACGAGAGAAGCAAAGGAAUGAAAUUAGGAAAAUGCAAUUAAGAGACCUUUCUGCACCUGAAAAGAAAACAAAACUGUUCAGAGCAAAACCAGUUCCUAAAUGUGUUUAUAGUCCAGCUGUUAACGACAAGCUAAAGGAGGAAGAGCUCUUCAGAGAGAUCAGGAUCCGAAUGAGAGCUGAAGAGUUGCUACGUAAUUCAUCUGUACCCACCAGCAGACUGGCUUUAAAAGAUACCAAUAAAAAGAAGAAACACAAGUGUGUUGAACCAAAGGAAACAGAACAUAAACCCAAGAUCAAAUCAAACGUUCCAGAUUUUGAGCUACUGCACCAGAAGUUUCAGAAACGACUCCUGCGACAGAAACAAGUGAAACACCUCACAGUCUGUGAACCUUUCGAUCUUCGUACUCCAUAUAUUCCCUCAAACAAGGGGAAGGUUUUGAAGGACAUUCAAGAGGAUGAAGAAAAGUUGAAAGAAACACGCUGGCCAUAUGCUUCUCCAAGACGGAAACCUCAAAUGAGACAUUCAAGUGCAAAUGCACGUCUCUCAAGAUUUGGAGAAUCUAAAUCACCGAAAGUCACACAAUCCACCAGACGACGGCUACAAGCCAUAAGGAAUUCACUUGAGGAAAAGAGAAAGCUGGAACAACAACAAAAAAGGAACAGAACAAAGCAGAAACAAAGAACGAAAAAACUCCAGAAAAUUGUAACAGCUCGGGCUGAGGCCAAUGACCCACAUCAGAGCCUAGCUCAGGUGUCAAAAUCCAAAUUAAAAACAUUCAGGAAUUAUGAGAAGCAGAGAAUGCAAGAAUAUUUGCAAGAGUUGCAAGAAAUGGAAGAAAGAGUAAAUCAAAGGCCACUGCUUUUGGAAAGAGUCACUCAGGUUGUCUUGCUACU